UUUUAAUUUGUCUUUUUUUCUUGCAGACAAGCUGUUCGGCCCUGUGGAGUUUACGCGUCGUGACCUUGCGGCAUUGGACAUUAUGCGGGGCCGGGACAACGGGCUUCCAGACUACAACACAGUGCGCCGUCACCUGGGCUUACCGCCAAUCACCAACUGGACACAGAUCAACGAGAAACUCGCCCGCACAAACUCGGAGCUGUUCGACAAGCUUCGCAAGUUGUACCGUGACCAGCUGGACAAGGUGGAUCUGUUCGUGGGUGGCAUGCUGGAGUCCGACGAAGGCCGGCCUGGCCCGCUUUUUCGCAAAAUUAUCCGGGAGCAGUUCGAACGCCUCCGGGAUGCCGAUCGCUUCUGGUUUGAGAACCGGCAAAAUGGAAUGUUCUCGGCAAAAGAAAUCGAAGGCAUCCGGAAGAUCCGCAUGUACGACAUCAUCCUCGCAGCCACGGAUAUAAGAGCACACGAGAUUCAGAAGAACGUUUUCUUCCACGUCAAAG